AUGCCCCAAAGCGACGAACCAGCAAUCAUCAAGACCACCCCGCACGGGGAGGUCAUGAUCUACAGCCUAACCAUCGUCGGUACCUACAUCGUGGUGAUCGAGUCCCGGGACCCCCGAUUCAAGACCGAUAACUGGGCGCCGGGCCUCGAGCUUGUCCAAGAGCGAUGGAGGAGCAAGCGAGCGGAGUAUGAAGAGCACCAGGAAUAUCGCGACUGGCCGAUGGGUGGGAUGAUCCGGGUCGACGGCCACUUCCGACUGUACAGGGAAGCCUUGACUGCGGACGGCGGCACCGGCCCGGCCCAGCGCGGCAAUUAUCACGGCCGCCACGAGUUCCCCGAGUUCAGGCCGGACGUGGACCCCGAUGAGAACAUUCGCCCGCUGAUGAAGUGGCUUCGGUCUCUGCACCCGAAGGGUGAGUCCGCUCAGGAGGACGAUCCUUCCUUCGACUUUGAGGAGGUUGUGAGGUCGCUACAGCAGAGGGUGCGGACCCUAGGCGAGCGGGAGGGAGUGCGCUGUGAGCGGUGUCGGUGCUCUGGUACUCAUGGCUCUAGCUCGUAG